CACGGCUUGUGGUCCAUGCAGCUCUAGCUCACGUCCAGCUACCGCGCCGAGGGUCGAUAAUCGCGACACCCCGAAUCCACCCAGGCCGCCUUAUCGCGCGCAUCCCCACUCGCACGUACUUUGCUGGCGUCUGCUACAGUCGCCUCUGACCACCUCCUGUCGCGAUGCAGAACCCCCAGAUGGCCGCUCAGAUGGCCAACAUGAACGCGGGCGCAGGCCCUCUCGAUGGCACACCCGUCAUGGGUAACGGCCAGCGCCCGCUUCUCGAUCCACGCGACCAGCUCAACACGUACAUCUACGACUACUUCAUCCGGACCGAGAACCAUAAACUUGCCAAGGCUAUGCUUGAUGCCGACAUGACCGUCAACUUGAAGCCAAAGUCUAGUCCGAGCGGAAGGAACGUCAAUGGCAUUGGUCCAGGAGAUCUGCCUGAGCCCAACAUGCCGCCUAACCAGAAUACCGACACGUCGUUCCUGCUCGACUGGUGGGUUCAGUUCUGGGACAUAUUUAGCGCUGCCCGUGGCAAGAAGAGCAAGGGAAGUCAGUACAUCGCGCAUGCUCGUAACGUAAUGCAAGCUCAGCAUGACAAUCGAAACCAGCGCAUGAUGAUGCAGGGUGGUAUGAACGGCGUCCAGUACCAAAACAUGCUGCGGGCAAUGCCAAACGGUGCCCCUCCGAACGACCUCAAGCGUGCCGCCGCCAUGAACAACCGUCCGAACGGCAAUCCCAUGGCCAACAUGAACCAACUGAAGGACCAGGCCAUGAUGUCGGCACAGAUGCAACGAGACGGCUCGCAGAUGGACAUGAACGGACAACGGCCUCAGUCGCCCGGCUCCAACGAGAACGGAGGAUCCCCAAACAAGCGUCAACGUGUUGAAGGUACCCAUUCCAUUAGCCCUCGAACGGCGCUCGCACACAGCCAAAGCUUGCGGCAAGCGCACAUGGAUCGUUCUGGCUCCGAGGCUAACCAUAUGCCCUUUGCAGGUGCAAUGAAUGCGGGUAACAUGCCCGGGAACCAGUUUGGAGAAUUCGCCCAGCAGGGGCAGAAUGCGCAACAAAAGCAAAUCGAGGUAUAUGCCCAAAGCCUGGCCCAACAACAGAGAGUGGCGCUCAAUAACCAUCAGGGGAUGAACAAUGUCGCACAAGGUUCUCCGAUGAACCAGUCCGGCCUGCCUGGCGAGGGAGAGAUCUUUGUCGGCAACCAACCGCGACCGGCUGGCAUGCCUGCUGGAGGCGCUCCGCCCCAAGGCAACCAUGCGCUGCAGGACUACCAGAUGCAGCUAAUGCUGCUCGAGCAGCAGAACAAGAAGCGGUUACUAAUGGCCCGACAGGAGCAAGACAGCAUGUCUGGUCCACACGCACAGGGCCCUGGCUUCCCUCCUAAUAUGUCGCCCCAGGGCAGCAGAGCUGGGCCUUCGCCUAACCCCAGUGAUCAAAUGAAGAAGGGUGCCACCCCACGCAUGGGUCCGCAAGGUCUCCCCGGAUCGCCUAUGCCAGAAGGUGCCAUGCAACCACAACGGAAUUCCCCUGCGCCUGGUGUAGCAUUCGAUCCCAACACCAUGCCUCCGGGAAUGCCCCCACAGUUCGCCAGCUAUCCAAACGGAAUGAACCCGCAGAUGAUGAGGCCUCCAAGUUCGCAUCCUCAGUUCAAUGGACAGGUAACACAGGAGCAAAUGCAGAUGAUGCAAAGGAAUCAAAUGGCCGCCAUGCAAAACGGUGUCGUUUGGCGUGGACCGCAAGGCCAACCCGGAAUGAUGCCAGGACAGCAGCAGAUGGGACCCAUGGGCGCCAACCCUCAGCAGAAUCGCCAGAUGCCACCUCCUCCAGCACCCGCUGGUGAGCAGCCUCGUACAGAGCCGUCGCCUUCCCAGCCCGCUGCGCCCCCAACGCCCUCACAAUCCAACAAAGGGAACCCCAAGAAGAAGAACACCAAAGACAAUAAGCCCGCAAACAAAAAAGGGGCAACAGGUGCGACUCCGGCAGCUUCCGGUGGCGAAGAACCAGCGACUCCGACCGCUCCGAUUACACCGGUACAUCCCAAGUCGUCUUUCGGUGGUCCGAAUGGACAACAGCAGCCUCCCCAGGCCGCUCAAUCGCAGCAACCUGCGCAACAGCAGCCGCCGCCCAUGGACAACGGUCCCGGGGCGUUUGGUCAACUCAGUGUGAACGAAGAUCCUUCGUUCGACAACCUCGGCCUUGCGUUCGAUGAUUCGAACACUCUGGAAAAUUUCGACUUCGAUUCUUUCCUUCAUGUCGGCGAUGACUCGACCGGCUUUGGCUCAUUAGGGGCCGAGUUUGGCUUUGGAGAUAUAGAAGCUGAAGCCAACUAGAGAUUGGCCUCACGCUCCAGGGUUCGUCGGCUACCACGCUUGAGGUCUGCCGGCGCCCCUGCAACACUUUCUGUACAGGAGCCGAGUCUCUUCCGGAUCUAUUUGUCGAAUCUUUGAGAACAGUCGUAUACACUAUUGGCCGCAUGCCGCGAAGACUAAGCCGCCGGAGAGGACAGGAAGGUUGCAGUCGGCUGGCUGUCACCCACCUGCCGGCCCGACGCACAAAAACGUUCAUAUACCCGUUACCUAUUUUUUCUAUUCCUUCCACAGCUUACUUACCUUUU